ACCGCGCUUCCUUUUCCACUAACGCCUGCAAUCAUGGCGGAUGUGGUGCAGGCGAAGGUAACCGAGCAGAAGCUCGAAGAAGAGACGGUCCUGAAUGGAGAUGCAGAAGAGAAAGAGGAGGUAGACCCUUCCGAGGAGACAGCCAAGAAGAAGAAGAAAAAGAAGAAGAAGAAGUCGGCAGGCCCCGCAGCCGGCACCGAGGCUGAGGGCAAUGGAGUGGCUGACGUGACACAACAGCUAGAGAAGCAGGCUCUGGAGGACAAAGAGAAAGAAGAAGACUGGGAGGAUGAUGGAGACGAUGGGGAGAACUCGGCAGGCAAAAAGAAGAAGAAGAAGAAAAAGAAGAGAGGACCCAAAGUUCAGACUGACCCUCCGUCUGUGCCCAUCUGUGACUUGUAUCCAAGUGGUGUUUUCCCCAUUGGUCAGGAAUGUGAAUACCCCUCAUUACAGGAUGGGCGUACCGCGGCGUGGAGGACCACCAAUGAAGAGAAGCGGGUUCUGGACAAGGCCAACGAGGAAAUGUGGAGCGACUUCAGACAGGCUGCUGAGGCCCAUAGACAGGUCCGCCAGCACGUCCGCAGCUUCAUCAAACCUGGCAUGACCAUGAUCGACAUCUGUGAGCGGUUGGAGAACUGUUCCAGGAAGUUGAUCAAGGAGAAUGGUCUGAAUGCAGGCCUGGCCUUCCCCACUGGCUGCUCUCUGAACAACUGUGCGGCUCACUAUACCCCUAACGCCGGAGACCCCACCGUGCUGCAGUACGACGACGUCUGCAAGAUCGACUUCGGAACACACAUCAACGGUCGGAUCAUUGACUGUGCCUUCACCGUCACGUUCAACCCAAAGUAUGACAAACUGCUGGAGGCCGUGAGAGACGCCACCAAUACUGGAAUCAAGUGUGCUGGAAUCGACGUGCGUCUGUGUGACGUUGGAGAGAGAAUUCAGGAAGUGAUGGAGUCGUACGAGGUGGAGAUUGACGGCAAAACAUACCAAGUGAAGCCAAUCAGAAACCUGAACGGCCACUCAAUUGGCCAGUACAGGAUACAUGCCGGCAAGACUGUCCCCAUUGUCAAAGGAGGGGAAGCUACCAGGAUGGAGGAGGGAGAGGUGUACGCCAUCGAGACAUUUGGCAGCACAGGGAAGGGCGUGGUCCAUGAUGACAUGGAGUGUUCUCAUUACAUGAAAAACUUUGAUGUGGGACACGUCCCAAUCAGACUCCCCCGGGCGAAGCACCUGUUGAACGUUAUCAACGAGAACUUUGGCACACUGGCGUUCUGCCGGCGCUGGCUAGACCGGCUGGGGGAGAGCAAGUACCUGAUGGCCCUGAAGAACCUGUGCGACCUGGGCAUCGUGGACCCCUACCCCCCGCUCUGCGACACCAAGGGCUCCUACACCGCCCAGUUCGAGCACACCAUCCUGCUCAGGCCCACCUGCAAGGAGGUGGUGAGCCGAGGGGACGACUAUUGAAUACGGAACCUAACCUCAUUCCAACCCCUCCACCCCAAUACAGAGAAUAGACACACUGAACCGUCUGCCUGCACUUCCAACAGAAAAACAGCAUCUAAAUACAGGACCUUCCUUUGGUCUCUUCCCAUUUCUCCCACCUUGGCAGAGAGCAGCCAGUAAGGGCUAUGAAAAAUGCUGCUGUAAGGUACCCCCACAAUGCAUUUUUACCGCUACUUAAGAGCGAGCAUGGAGGGACGAGCUUAUGUAGCAGCAGCUGAAUCUUUUUUUCCCCUCUUUUAUUUUGGUAACCACAAAGCUUAGUCGUCAUUUUCCCCCCCUGCUAGAGGGAUCUGUGGACACAGUGGUGUCUCAGCAAUCUUCUGAAGCUGGAACUGUUACAGUUCAACUGCUUAGAACACCCAGUAUUUAGACCCAGUGAGAAUGUGAAGAAACAAACCUUUCCUUACCAAAAUAAGUACCUUCCUCUCCCUCGAAUCAACUGCUUAGAACACCCAGUAUUUAGACCCAGUAAGAAUGUGAAGAAACAAACCUUUCCUUACCAAAAUAAGUACCUUCCUCUCCCUCGAAGUAUGCAUAGGGAAGGGAGUGUUUCCUAAUCAUGUGACCUGAUCAGGAAAAACUCCUGGCCCUUACUGCUAUACAGUUCUUAGUUCAGACUGCGGUCUUUCAGCCUGACCCUACAGUGUUCUGGUCAUCGGGUCCUGACAGUUACUAGUCACUCGAUUGCUCGUCAGAACCCUGAAAUUGUACAACUCUUUCCCCUUUCGACAACUAGACAACCAUGCAUCUACAGCUGUAUGUUUGGCUUCAUGAUACAGGGAGAGGACUCUGCACUCAUCUUAAUAAACAAAUACUGGAGAAGCGAUUUGUGAAAUGGCUGCUGCCACUAUAUGUACUCAAAUGUAGUGCUUCAUUUUGAGUUCCCUGGAAAUGUUUUGUAAGAAAACUAUUGAAAUUAAAAAAAUUCUCUCUGUA